AUGGCCGGGUGGUUCUCCUCAGGCACGUCUGUGCUCGAUGAGCAGAUUGAGAAAGCUACUUCUUCUAGCUUGGAGGAUAUUGCGACCUCCCUCGAGAUUACGGACCUCAUCCGAUCGAAGACAGUGCAGCCUAAAGAGGCUAUGCGAUCGUUGAAGAGGCGGAUAGGCAACAGGAAUCCCAACGUCCAACUGUCGGCCCUGAAGCUCACAGACACUUGCGUCAAGAAUGGCGGGUCCCACUUCCUUACAGAGAUCGCUUCUCGUGAAUUUAUGGACAAUCUGGUCUCGUUACUCAAAGCCUACGGGGCCGCCGCAGUCAAUGACGAGGUCAAACAGAAGAUCUUGGAGCUGAUCCAGAGUUGGGCCAGUGCUACCCAGGGAAGAUACGAUUUGUCAUAUAUCAACCAGGUAUACCAGGGCCUGCAAAUGGAGGGCUUCAAGUUCCCGCCCAAGGUGGAGAUAUCCAGCAGUAUGCUCGACAGCAGUGCCCCACCCGAGUGGACAGACAGCGAUGUUUGCAUGCGAUGCAGAACCUCAUUCACCCUGACGAAUAGAAAGCAUCACUGCAGGAACUGUGGCAACGUCUUCGAUCAACAGUGCUCGUCAAAGUCGAUUCCUCUCCCGCAUCUAGGCAUUAUGCAACCAGUUCGGGUCGACGACGGCUGCUAUGAUAAGUUGACCAAGAAGUCGAGCGGCGGUUCCGAUCGCCGUGUCUCCUUCGCACCGAAACCGAGCUCGAUGCAGCCCCGAAGUGCCAGGGUAGAGAACAGCAGUUUUGACGAGGACCUAAAAAGAGCGUUAGAAAUGAGUUUAGAGGAGGCCAAGGGAAUCUCAAGCUCAGGGUAUGUUCUGCAAUCACAGUCGAAGCAAGAGCCGGCAAAGGCAAAUGGUGUAUCCAACGAGGAAGAAGACGAUCCGGAUUUGAAAGCCGCCAUAGCACUGUCUUUGAAGGAAGCCGAAGAACAAGCCAAGAAGCAUGCAGCUUCCCUCAAGAAAACCACGACAGACGGAGCAACCUCCGCACAGCCUUUCGUCAUGCCAAAGAACGAUUAUGAGUUAUCCGUGAUGGAGGCCGAAAAUAUUAACUUGUUUGCCACGUUGGUCGACCGCUUGCAACAUCAGCCGCCAGGUACAAUUCUGCGUGAACCGCAGAUCCAAGAGCUCUACGAGAGCAUUGGAAAGCUUCGACCAAAGUUGGCGCGGACCCUAGGCGAAACAAUGUCCAAAAAUGACGCGUUGCUCGAUCUACAUGCCAAACUAUCCACAGUCGUGCGAUAUUACGAUCGGAUGCUUGAAGAGCGAUUGAACAAUACUUACAACCAGAGAAAUCCGGGAUACGCCGCCUAUGGAAUGCCCUCCCCUGCGGCGCCUCAGAGCAUGUAUCCCUCAAUAUCGCCGGGACCCCCUCUGGCGAUGAAUACCGGUCCUGGCGGUGCGGAGAAUUAUUAUUUCAACAAUGCGCCAGUCGAGUCUUACGCUCCACCCACUCAACCAACGCCGAUUCCUCAGCCUCAGCGCUCGUAUUCGUAUUCGAGCCAGAAACAAGAUACUCCUGCCUCGCCGUAUCAGUACCCAACGCAGCAGCAACCGCAGCAGAACCAACCCAUGCCGCAAUCUGCACAAUUCAAUCAGCCACCUUCGCCGCAGAUGUACCAACACCAGCCAGCUCAGCAGCCACCCUAUCCAUCGCAGUCCUCUCAGCCUCCAUCCGUGUAUCCUCAGAUGCCUCCCCCAGAUCCUCAACAGACUCCAACGACUUACGCUCAAAUGCCGCAGAUGCCGCCUGAGGCUCCCACCCCACAGCCUCAACCCCAGUAUCAACAUCAGCCUCCACCUCAACAACCGCCUCAGCAGUCUUACCAGCCACGACAGCCGGCCCUUCAGGAGCAAACACAGACUCCAUCGCAGGUUUAUCCACAGCAACAGUCUCAGCAACAACAAUUUAGUCCGCAAUAUCAGCAGCCACCUCAGCAGCAACCGCCGCUUGCGCAACAACCACCACCAAUGUCUACAGGUGGUUCAUAUGGAGCCACAUAUCCCACUUAUACGCAAGACCAGUUCCCUUCUGCACCGCAACAUCUGCCGGCUGCAUAUAACCAACCUGCCACGCAUCCGACACAACAGCAACCAGUUGCUAUCGAGGAAAGUCUGAUUGAGCUCUGA